AUGGAGUUUGCGGUUGUGUAUCGUAACGGUUAAAAUAAUGAUGCCGAGUUUUGUUGUGACAAAUAAAUAAGUGUGUAAUAUAUAUUAAAUAAUAAUUAGUGUUAAUAAUAAAUAAUGAUUGCAAUACCUAAGCAAUCAAGUAAAAUGACAAAAGAAAAAUUAGAAAUGGCAUUGCAACUGAGAAACAAGAAAAAAGAACGGGCUGAGCAGCAUAAAAAAAUGCUCGAGCUGCCGGGUUUAACUCGAAGUAUUAUAAGCAAAGACAAUUCAACUGUUGAGAAGCUUGAACUGUCAGCGCAACUUAAAGAAAAAAUGAAGGAGCUCGAUGAGUACCAGAAAAAAAUGCUUCAACUCCAGGACAAGAUAAGUACCAGCACCCGAUUGUCACUGACUAAAGAAACAUUUGAAAUUGCAGAUAAAUUAGACGAGAAAAUGAAAGACUUGCAGGAGUAUCAGCAAAAACUCCUGGACCUCCACGAGCAGACCAGCAGAGAGACUAAAAUUAUAACUGCGCUGGAGUUGCAGGUUGAGGAGAAGGACAUUAAAUUGGAGGCAUCUAUUAAGGAGAGAGAUAAAAUUGAGCGUGAAUUGGCAGCCACCAAGUCGGACUUGGCAGCCAUCAAGAGAACACUUGAGCUGGAACGCCAGGAGAGAAAAGAUCUGGAGACUACGGCAUUGGAUUUGAUAAAAGGCGCCAAGAGAAAAUGGGAAGCUGCUGAAAAGGAUAAAAUAGCUCGGCUUAAUAAACAUAUUGAAGCUCAGACGGUGCGUAUCACUGAACUCUGUACUAGUAAUAAUGAAAUGAGUUCCAGGUUACAGAGAACCCAGUGUGAGUUGGAGACGACAAAUGCUGAGCUUCAUAAAUUAAAAGUAUUUCAAAUUCAGUACAAGGAAUCGUUGGCUAAGACACGGGAACUGAGACGGCAGAGUGUUGCGGGAGUUGAAAAUAAACUUGAAGAAAUAGCCAACCGGGCGCACAAUCAAUUGGGUGAAGUGAGAAUGAAAUUGGAAAUGGAGAUUGCCAAGAAUACUGAAUUGGACAGUGAACUUCGGAAUGAACGCGAUUCCAAUCAUUGUCGCAUGUCGAGAAUGAAUGUCGCCCUCGAGUUGGCUCAGUCAGAACUUAAGGACUGUCAGGAACAGCUUCGAAGUACUCAGGCGAUGAUACCGGCGCGGGAUCAAGAAAUAGAGACUCUGCGUAAGCAAUUGAAAGAGAGAACACAGCAGAUUCAAAGCGUCAGCGAGAGUGAGCAGACAAUCAGCAAUCUGAAAGAUGAAAUAACAAAACUUCAGUUGGAAAAUGAACAGAUGAAAGGGCAGCUUGAAGCUGCUAAAAGUGAUCUCAAUGAUACGUUAAAUAAUUUACGUAAGAGUGAACAUUUGGCUCUUAACUUUGAGAAAAAAGCUCACGAUAAAGAUGAAUUGCAGCAGCGUCUUGAAGCUUCACGGGAAAAAGAGAAUGAACAGUUACGUAAGAUGGAUACACUUGAAGAUUUACUUCAACGUCUUCAGCAGAGUGUCGCUAAACUGGAAUCCGAGAAUGCCUGCUUGAGACGAUCUACUGAUAAUUCUAAACCCAGUACCAGUCGCGCAUCAGCAGGCGUAGCCAGUGUUCCUGAAAAAACAUCAGCGGCUGACAAGACGGCAUUGGAACAACAGAUUGAACGAUUGGAGAAACAGUUACAGGCUGCACGAGAAAAAUCAACAGCUGAUCGUGACGCGGCACGACAAGCGCAACGCGAUUUAUGGAAAAAAGAAAAGGAAUUAUCAGAUGCUAACUUGGACAAACGUAUCGCCGUAAGAGAAGCCAAGACUGCUGAGGAAAAAAUAAAACGUCUUGAGGAAGAGAAAACAAAACUCACAGAGUCACUUAAUAAAAAGUACAAAGAGGAAGAGGAAAAAUCAAAAAAAUUGUUGGCUGAGUUGGAGUCUGCCAAAGCGUCACUGGCCGAGUUUACUCGUGAGUCCUCGAGAAACAAAUUACAAGCUGACUCAGCACAACGAGCGCUAACUCAAACCAACACGCAGAUUGAAGAGCUACAAUCAUCUAGUGCUGCAUUGAGACGGGAGUUGGAUGCAACCCGUAAGCAAUUACGCACAAAUCAAGAUCGCGUUGACACUUUAAAUGCCGAAAACAAACGAUUGACUUUGGCUAUUUCAAAACACAAUGAGGAAAAGAGUGAACUGGAAGCUAAACUGGAAAAAUUGGAGCAGGAAGCAAAUGGUUUUAAAGUUAAUAUUGAUUUAUUGAAAGAAACUUGUACUGUUCUUGAAGAACAGCUGACUGACUAUGAAAGACUGACCAGUGAUCACGAGACGCGGGAGAACACGUUGAUUCAAGACAAAAUGAAGCUGCAGAAGGAGCUCGAAGCAGUGGAGAAUAAACUACGCGAGGCCAAGACUGCGCAGAAUGAAGAGAAGACUAAACGAUUGCUGGCUGAACGAGCUAUCGAACGUCUGGAGGCGGAAACAAGUGACAUUGAGUCGGAAAGAAGUGGUCUGGUUUCUCAGCGUGAUCAUUACAAGAAAAUGACCCAGGAUUUGAACAAACAAGUCACUGCACUCACUACUCGGUGCGGUGAACUAGAGUGCGACUUGGCUGAGCUAAAACGUUCUCUGGAAUCCGCCCGCGGGGAAUCCGUUGUCGUGAAGGAAGAAUGCUCUCAACAUCUGACAAGACUUCAUGAAAUGAAAGACCUAAAUCAGGACCUGAUGUCUGAUCUUCAGUCUAGUAUUGACCAGGGACAGGAGUUGAGAAUUCGUAUCGCUGAAUUAGAAAAUGUUCUCGAAGAAAUGAGACAAUUUUAUCAGGAACAUGAAUUUAAAUCCGAAGGAACCAGACAGCAGCAGACUAAACUGAUUGAUUAUCUCCAGCUUAAACUUGAAGAGUGUAGUAAAAAGAAAAAGACUGUUUGUGAUAAAAUAUUUAAAAGCAAACAGAAAGAAAAUAUUCCACCAAUUGGAACUGGUAUGCCCGUUGGAUAUCGUGAGCUCGAGAAUCAACUCACAAGAGAACGCGCUAAAGUUAAAGCACUUACUGAACAAUUGCUGGCUUACAAAGCCGCAGCAGCAACAUCAGUUCCAGUGUCGCCGAAUUGUGCCAGCCCAGAGCCAAGAAAACAGACUUUCCAGCCCAACAAUGAUCAAGAAGAGAAUACCUUAGCAAGACAGAUGUCCAAUCAACGAAUCCGUCACAAUAUUCCUCAUCGAUUCAAUCUCGAGUUGUCAAUGCGAGCCGGCAAGUGCGCUGCCUGCUUAGAGCCAGUACAAUUUGGAAAACGUUCAGCUAUUUGCAGCGAGUGUCAAAUAUUAACCCACUUAAAGUGUUCGUUGUUGGUUCCAGCAAACUGCGGAAUGCCAGGUGACUUUGCCAAACACUUGGGCAAGUCCUGGAAGACCAGCGCUGAAAGUGUUUCGACUCUUUGCAGCAGUGUACAGACUUUAACAAUCGACGAGCCAGACCACACUGAAUCAGACACUAGAAAUCCUCGCGAUAGUGAUGGUGUCAUUGCUGAGAGCUGGGUAAAAAUACCUGGCAGAGGGAAAGCCUCUUGGGACAGAAAAUAUUUACGUUUAGAAGGCACUUGUCUUUGUAUUUAUGAGCAUAAACCAAGUCCAGGUAUGGCUCCCAUAAGUAAAAUGGAAUUGACUGACAAAUCAUCCUACGGAUUUUCCAUUACCGAGGACGUUUAUCAAGCCGAGGUACCAGGAACUGCCAAAUCAGACCUACCAUUCAUCAUACGAGUUGAAUCCAAUACUUCCAACACAUGCUGGCCGACUUCCCGCUUGGACAUCAUGGCUCUCAGUCAAGUAGAAAAGAAAACCUGGUCAAACGCUUUAAAGUCAAUAGCUUAUCAAAAUGGCACUAAAGAAAAUGCUAAGAAUUCAAUGCUACAAACUGUACUGAGAUUAGAAAAAAAUCGCCUGGAUUUGAAUUGCAUCAUUGAGUUGGAGCAAGAGAACACGCUGCUAAUUGGCGCCGAAGAAGGACUCUACUCAUAUCGACCAGCCCAAUCUAAAAUGCUGACCGCUAUACGCGGUGUUAAACGUGUUCAUCAACUGUCUUUGCAUCCUCAUCUCAAUCUCGCGCUGAUGAUUGCCGGCGAAGAUAGACAACUUGUUUGCUGUGAUCUGAGACAGCUUAAAAAUAAUGCAAUUGCCGCUGAAUGUUCAAGGCCCGCUAUAAAUGUCACGGGUAUUCUUACGGGUGCAGACAGCUGUCAUCUGUAUCAGCUAGAAGAAGACAUACUGUGUGCAGCAACUGCUUCUUGUGUUAUUUUACUUAAAUGGCGCAGUGACAGUGAGCGUGGUGAAUUUAUUGCCAUCAAAGAAAUAGAAACUCAGGAACCAUGCAGCUGUGCUAUUUUCACAAAAAGAAAUCUAAUUGUCGGAUGUCAAAAGUUCUUCCAGAUAGACUUGAAAGACUACAUGAUUGAUGACUUCCCCGAGGAAGACGACAGUUCCGUAAAAGCGGCACUUGCAGGAGUCGCUAAAUUAGGAAUAUUUCCAGUAUCGGUAUUAAAUGUUUCGACAUCACAACAAUCAACAGAAUUAUUAUUAUGUUACAAUGAAUUCGGAGUUUUCGUCAAUGAAUCCGGUCAACGAACCCGUUCCGUCGAUCCUACUUGGAGUCAUUUACCUUUUGCAUUCGCAUUCAGAAAGCCGUAUCUAUUUAUCGCACACUUUUCGUCCAUCGAGGUGAUUAAAUUGACACCUGAGGCAUUUUCUUCAGCAUCAAGAACUCCUGAGAAAACCCUCAUAGAAUUAAACAACCCGCGUUACUUAGGAUUAGCCGGAGCCAAAGGAAUUUACUCAGCUGUCAGCAACUCAACGCUAGAUAUCGUAAAAAUAGAUGGAGCCGCGUCAAUUCUUUCCCGAAUGAGCGACAGUCUUUCGAGCUUAGACUCGAUAUGUCAGAAUGACGACAGCAGUUCAGAGUUCAGUUUCACUCCCAGUCUUCUCGAAACUCUUGACAAUCCCAAUAAGCGAGUCCACUUUGCCAAUCUCUCUAAUCGUUGAUAUUAAUUUUUAGUUUAAAAAAUAACUUAUUUUUUUUUUAAAUUUUUACUUAAAUGCUAAUUAUUAUUUUUUUGAAAAAUUUAAAUUUCUCAGUUUAAAUUUAAAUUUGAUUACUAGACUUAAUAACUGAUUUUGAUGUUUAAUAAUUUAAUGAAUAAUUACUUUAAGUAAUUAAUAUAAUUAUUUGAUAUUAUCAAUUAAAUAAUUAUCGUAAUUUUUAGUAAUUAAUUACAAAAAGUUUAAACGAGAGUACAAACUCUUGCCAUUAAGUGAAUCUUCACAAAAUUAGAAAGUAAUAAAUCUACUUAUAUAUUUAUUUUAUAUCAUUACUCAUAA